AUGGGUUUGAAUUUUCGUAAUGAUAUUUGGGGUUCGUGGAGUUUCAGCAGUUUAGACAAGGAAUCGGAGAAGAGUAUUGGUGUGAGUUGCGAUGACGUCUGGGGUUCAUGGAGUUUUAGCAGUUUAAAUAAUGACUUUUUAGAUAAGGAAUCGAAGGAUAGUUUUGACCAAGAAUUGGGAGGCGUUGUGGAUGAGUUGCCUGUGCCUACGUUCACGGCAAUCAUUCCAUAUUUUGAGACGGAUAUUGGAGAUUUAUGGGGGUGUGAGAGUGAGAAACACAAUGGAGACCAAAAAUCCUUUUCUGGUCUCAAUUUGGUGAGGUUUCAACAAGGGAAGGGUAACUUGCAAUUUGAUAAAAUAUCAAUUCCAAUUAGUAGUUUUAGUCAAAUUGGGAUUGGUAAUGGGGUUUCUUAUGGUGAUAAUUUUGGUUGUAGUGGGAAUGUGAAUGUGAAUGUGAAUGUGAAUGUGAAUGUGAAUGAUGGGGUUGUUUGUAAUAAUGAGGUUGAGGAAGUUUGUUUCAACUGUGGUGGAGGAGUUAGGAAUGAUCCUUUGUUAUGGAGGAGCAUUCACAUAGAUCAACCUUUGAGUUCGAAGAUCAGUGAUGAUGCUCUUGUGAAGUUAACUGGCAGGGCAGUUGGUACUCUUCAAUGCUUGAGUCUUGUGAACUAUUGUAGAAUAACCGAUAUUGGUUUGAAGCGUGUGUUCGAAAGCAAUCCAGGGCUGAAGAAGAUUCAAAUGGAGACACCAUCUGGCAUUAAAGAUUCCAUACCUACUUGGAUAAAGUUCUUUGUACAAGCUCUAGGUGAAAUCCCAUACAGUGGUAUAUACUAUGAUCCACUAGAAGAGACAUUUCUGGGGCAAUUUCCACCAGAUCCUCCUCCACCUGCAACAAUUUGA